AUCCUUUCUUAGUCGUAAAUUUCUCUGCAGAGAGAAUACAGGUCGACGAACUAAUUCGGUCAGUUAAGACAUACUUUUUAAAUCAUUUAAGUUUGAAAGAAAAAAAAAACAACUUUAAAGCGGUAGUUAAGUUUCGCCUUCCUUUCUGCUCACAUGACAGGCAGUCGAACAGUUUGGCAGAUCUCAAUGUGCAAGAACCUGAACGUUUAAAAGAGACAUAUCCCAACGAUUAGUUACACAUUUUCACAAGCUGAAAUGGCUGUGUUUUUUCCAUCUCAUAUGAAUUAUAGUAAAUGGCCUCACACCCUGCUCAGCAUGAGUGUAAAAAAAAACGCAAUGGUUUUAUUUCUGUUUUUGGCUUUUCUGCCUACAGCAACCAAAUCUGAUUGGGUAUUUACAGAGACUAAGUGUUUCACAAGGCAAAAUAGCAAAGGAUCCACAUUUGUCACAUCAACAGUUACAGUGGAAUACCUGUGCCAAGUUAUUUUAUACACAAAAUAUAUUGUGGCUAAUGAAUGCCUAAUCAAUUUAAUUACAUCCUCAUUCUCCGAAAGAGAUUUUGCGAACUUAAAUAGCAACUCUUUUAGCGAACAGUAUUCUAGGGAUGCUUUUGAGAUAGUUUACGUCAAGUUUCAUACAACUGAACAGGACAAUACCAUCCUUGCCGAGAACCUGAUCACAGCAGCAGUAGAAAAAGUCUCAAAGCUCUGCAUUUCUGAUCGUUCCACCCCUUCACCGUUUGUCGAAACUGCAGAAAAGGAUGUUGUGCCAGCAAUUCUCUGGAGUGUAUUUGGUAGUGCUUUUGUGUACGUGGCCAUCUCUGUUGGGGUUGUGAUGCUGUAUAGAAAAAUGAGAGCAGCAAGAAGAACGAAAGAGGCACAAGAAAUCCAAUCGGGAAAUGAAGAAAAUAUUAAUCCCUAUUCGGAAAUCAGCCCAGAUGUUGAGGCUAUAGCCGAAGGAACCAGUCAAAGAACAGAAGAAGAUGACGAAGGACAGAAAUCACAAAUGAAUAAAACGGUGACAUUUGUUGAUUCAACAGUUGUGUAUGAAAAUGAAGUGCAAGAAUGGGAAGAAAACUAUGUAUAAAAGUAACUCCUUUAAAAAAGACACAAAGUUUACGGGAAUAAAUAACAUUUUAAAGGUUUAAUAAUUUGUCAAAAUUGAUUUAGUGAGUGAAAAGUUAAUUUAUUUUUUAAUCAGUGGAUAUUUUUAGUGGGGUUCUGUUACAAACAUAUGUAAACCAAAAUGAAUAUAACUCAGUGAAAAGACUAAACUACGUCAAUAAACAUUGUAUGAACUCA